CUGAAUCCGAGCUGAAUCCGAGCUGAUUCCGGGCUGAUUCCGGGCUGAAUCCGGGCUGAACCGGCCCCCCCGGACCCUGAGAUGGACCACCCGGAGCAGCAGCCCCCCAGGAGCGAGCUGAAGAACACGGACCUGAGCUUCCCGAGCCUCGCUGUGGGAGAGUUCCUGUCCCAGUACGGCUGGUUCCUGCUGGCCGUGUCCUCGCUGCUCUACCUGCUGAUCCACCUGCUGAUGCAGCACCUGAGGAGGAGGCCGAGCCCCCCCGGACCCCUGCCAGACGUUGAGCUGGUAUCCAGAAGACAAGAGGGCAUGGAGGCGGCGAGGAAGAGGAUGCAGGAGGACCUGGACGCCAAGGCGGCCGUGUUCCAGGAGAAACGCAGACAGCAAGAGGAAGAGAAGAGGAGGCAGAAGAUCGAGAGCUGGGAGAGUAUGAGGCAGGGGAAGAGCUGCAGAGACCCCCCCAAACCCUUGCAGGAGGAGGAGGCCAGCUCGUCAGCCGCCAAACCCAAGCCGGACAAGAAGCCGCUGCGCAGUACUGACUACAGCCCCCUGUCCGGGCAGGGCGGGGGGGCGUCCUGCACCUGGAGACCCGGGAGGAAAGGCCCGUCGUCUGGUGGAUGAGGUUAAAUCCUGUAAGGGGUCUGGUCUGCACGACCUCUGACCUCUUACAGCCUGACGUGUACACCGGCUCACUGAACCAAAGCUUCACUGACACCGUUUGGACAUCCUGCUCCGCUCCGCUGCAGGAGUGAGGCCGCCGCUGAAAUAACACUGAUGUCUCACUGAAUCAAUGAAGGGUUAGAAAUCCUAGCUGGUUUUUCCACUUUUGUGACAAAACUGUUGUCAACACGGGUGUCAAAGCAGAAACUCCGGUUACCACCCAAAUCCCUGUUAGACUAACAGAGAGCCCAGGGUGCUCUGGGGGUUACCAUGGCUACGCUAGGAGACGUCUACAUGACAUCUCUGCGUUAAUGCUAGAAGGAAGUGAAGACCGGUGGAGACGCUCCAGUAACAGAGACUGUGUUUCCAGCAUCAAUAACCCUUUUAAAACCCCAAUAUUGGCAAUAACCCGAAUUUACACGGCCAUGUAAACACCAAUAACCCCUUUGAAUAACCCGAAUUUGCUCAUAUUGGGGUUUUUAAAAACCUGAAUAUGAGCCCUGGGUUACUCCUUUUAAAUAAUAUUGGGUCAUGUAAACGCCAAACGGAAUAUCCCCAUCGGGCAUGAUGGGGGUGAUUAUCUCUGGGUAAGGGUGGGGGGUUUCUGCUCUGGGGCCAAUAUUUCGAAUGCAACAAAUGUGACAGAUGGAAGCGGGUUGGUGAUCUGCGAUAAGUGUUGAAACGACUCUCCAGCCGUUUGACAUUCCAGUGAUAUUUCAGGGGCGUCUUCUCCUGAGCUGGGAGAUUAUACUCCUAUACAUCCUGUCUCCUCAAUUAGCAAAGUUUAUAGUUUAUACCUUGCGUUUCCUAUUUCAAAGUUUCCAUUUUCUGUACCCCUCUGAGCCGCUGGGAUGUCCCGGUCCUCUGCUCGGGUGAACGUGUGCAGUGAAAGCUGGUCAUGAAGCCGGUCCUGGAAAGGGGCUUGGACCCGCAGGUCCGGCUGAUGAAUCACAGUCGUGUGUCUGGUUCUGUUUGUUGUUUUCAUCAUUGCCAGCUUGGAUUUAGAGCUGCCGUUCCAGCAGCUCCUGGAACUGGUGAGCUGUCUCUGAUCACAAGAGUUAAUAGACGUUUCAACCGCAGGAAAUGUCUCACUAUAUUGAAAUUUAAGGAGGUUUUGUCUGUUGUGUUCAUUUUAAUGCAAUAAAGGCUAUGAUUAGAA